AGGACGCAGCCCACCUCUUCCUCACCGCGCAUGCGUCACCUGUCCGGCGUCUCUAGAAUUGAGCAGGAAACAUGGCGGCUCCUGAGGCGGCGGUUUUGGAAGAGGACGUAGUGGGGGACGUGGUGAGGGCCGGGGUGGGCAGGGGGACAGAGCCGUUACCAGUGGCCCCCGUGGAGUGUCACCCCGGCCCCGCCAACCCCACCGACCCCUCUGUCCCGGCCCUCGUGAGCCCCUACCACACCCACCGCGUGGGGAACCCCGAAGACCUCGUGGAGCUCGCCCAGCAGGUGCAGAAGGCUGAUGAAUUCAUCAGAGCAAAUGCUACCAACAAGCUGAUAGUGAUAGCUGAGCAAAUCCGGCAUUUGCAAACACAGGCCAGGAAGGUAUUGGAAGAGGCUCACAGAGAUGCUGAAUUGCACCAUGCAGCUUGUAAUAUGGUGAAAAAACCUGGAAAUAUUUACUACCUCUAUAAACGGGAGAAUGGACAGCAAUACUUUUCCAUCAUCUCACCAAAGGAAUGGGGGGCAAGUUGUCCACAUGAUUUCCUUGGUGCCUACAAGCUUCAGCACGACCUCUCCUGGACUCCAUUUGACAACAUCGGGAAGCAAGAUGCUGAAAUCAGCAUCAUGGACAAGCUUUUGAGCCAACAGAUGGCCCUACCCCAAUGUACAGAGCCCAAUUUUCAGGGCCUCACUUAGUGACCGUGGACAAUGCCAAAUAGAAUGUGGGCCUGGCUGUUCGUCUCCUUAGCUUCCCUGUGCCCUAUUUUGUGGGAGUUGUGAGAAGUGAGAUAUGAUGUACACAUGAGUACCUUGGAUGGAGAGCUUGUGUGAAUUGAAGUAUAUUUUUCAACUCCAUUUUGGGUUCUACACUCCCUGCUUCAGAGAAUCCCCAACAAAACAAACAUGGGCCAGUAUCCAUUAUUACACAUUACAACUCACCCAGAUGGACAAACUCCAUCACCACAGCUGAACUCAAAACUUUAUAGGAAAGAGAGGAAAUGUCACUUCCUUGAAAAGGUUGUAGACUACUGUUUAUACAGAGAGCAAUCUGUCCUGCCACCUCUUUUUAACUCUUUUAAGUUUAGGAAUGGGACUAGGGCCAAUCGAAGGGCCUGGCUCUUCUAUUUUUGUAAGUGAGUCUACCCUGUUCCAGAGAACUUUAAGCACAAAAUCAUCAUCCAAGUCUCAGGAAUAUGUUACGCAGAAUGGCGAGGUAGAGUAAUGUGGCUGACCAGAGAAGUGAUUCUGGUCUCCUUCAAAGGGCUUGUCUGGUCUGCAUUUUCCCUAGCCCCUCUAGCCCUUCUCGUUUGGCUGGAAAAUUGAGACAAGUGCAAGCCAGAGGAGUGGUGGCACCCCUUUACCUCCUUGCUAAUCAGUGUUUUAGGAUCAUGGAGUUAGAGCUGGAAGGGACCUUCAGAAGUGGUUCAAUACAACCCCCUUUUUUUACAGAUGACAGGGAGAAUGAGAUGUUAAGUGAUUUGCCCAGGAUUCCAUGGCUGUUAAGGGUCUGGGGCAGUACUUGAGCCGACUUCCUCCAUGAAGCCAUACUGCCUCAUGGAUGAAGAUGAUUGAAUUUGUUAGCCAGGUUUGGGGGAAAGGUCCAGGGCUAAACCAUCAUAUCAGUAGCAUGAGUCCAUUUAAAUGAGUCUUUCCAAAUAUCAUGAAAGAGAGAGCUGAAACAAUACAAGGGGACAAGAACUUUGAAGUUCUGUUUUCACAGAACUUAUUUUGCUUUUUUCAUAGAAUUAGAACCUCUAGUCUGACCCUUAUUUUACAGAUGAUGAACCUCCUGACCUACAUCAUGGCCUCAUUGGAUUGAGAGCUUGGAGGGACCUAUGAGAUCAUCUUAGUCCAUCAUCAUUUGUUUAUGGACAUGAGCAAACUAAGGCCGAUAGUUGUUAGGUGGCCAACCCAAUGUCACACAGGUCCCCUGACUUCUAGUCCAGUACUUUUGAUGUUAUACCAAGCUUCUUCUUGAAGUGAUACCAGUAAACAGCAGAGGAAUUCCUGAAGUAGGAGCCAAUUGCCUUUACUUAUCUUCAGUCACAUAGUAUGCAGUCUGAAGUAUGCAAAAACCUAGUGGUGAGGUAGGAUGUUUUUUAUGUGAAUUACCCUACUAAUUGUCCCAGUUAAUUGUUUUGUACAAAAACAAAAAAACAAAACCUGUUUUGCAAAUAGGAUUCUCCUGGAUAGUUUAUAUACCUAGCUUAAAGUCUCCACGAAUCCCUGAUUCAAUUCAUGUUCAUUCAGUAAUUGUUAAGUGCCUACAAAGGGCAUAACACAGAUAAACUUCAGUGCCAUCCUAUGUGCCACGGCUUGCUGUGAAAAGAUGAGGCUUUUUUUAGCAGUAGAUCUGCCAUAACUCCUUGGGGAAUAGCACUUAUAAUCCUAAAGCCAUCAUGGUGUUUAGGGACUUCUUUCCCACUGAGCAGUCUCGGCCAGUGGGUCACACAUGGCCAACCAAAGGUUAGCAUUCCUCUGGGGCUUUUGGUAAAAUAAAGGUACACAAAUCAACAUUAGGAACCAAGGGGAAAGCGUGGGAUAGGAUGAAAAUGUGGACAAGGGGCCAAAGUGGUAGAGAAGAGAUGUUCUUAUUCCUCACUUCCCACUGGAAAAGUAAUGGAUCUAGAUUGAAAUCCCAUUUAAUAGAAUGCCACUGGCAUAGUACUGUGGCUGCUGUUGAUUCUAGGUCUAGAGUCAAAUCUGCUGAAAGGAUUUUUAAAAAAUAGUCCUGUUCAUCAGGAUUAGCUUCUGGAAAUGGGAGUGAAGGCAGACAGUAGGAAGGGGAAGGCAUUUUGUAUCUGAGGAAAUGGAGUGAGUUCCCUCUUUUCAGGCAGCAUACAUGGACUAUUGACUGUCUCCCUGCUCUGAGCACUGCAAGAGGGAAAAUUAAGAGAAUGGCUGGAUUUAAUAUUAUAACAAAUCAUUGCCUGGCUGUACCUGUGUCUGAGUAACCUCUUGGGCCAUUAUAUACACUGUAAGAAUUUGAUCAUAAAAGCAUUCAGAGAACUGUGGUGUUUCCUAAAUGCUGACUGUGCCUAGCGCACUGUCCUGGGCUUUGGGAUAGAUACAGGGAUUCGAUGAAACCUUGCUCUCAUAGAAUUUGUUAUCAAGAAGAGACGUUGAUGAAGUAGACUUUACAGUCAUUUCACUAUUGAUGGGAGGGGAUUCAGAAAAGGAAAGCUUAAGAAAAGGAGCAAUAAAAGUGUGACAGAAGAUGAGUUUUGGACAAAGGCUUCUAAUUUAGGGAUGAUGGACCCUUAGCCAAAGAUGAAAUACAUCUAAAAAGAGCUAAUUAAAAUGGAUUUCUUUGU